CUCGCUUUGCCGAUUUGCCAACGAAGCUGAGCAUGUAACAACCAAAAAAGUAUAGAAACCAAUUUUCUUGCUGGUUUUGUAGCGCCAGUGCCAAACUGUACACAUUAAAUGUAUUUGCACUAAGGGGAACUUUUCAUUUUUAGCCAAACAAACACUGGAAUUUAAGGUUUUUAGGAAAAAAUUACAGCUAGCGUAUCACCUCUUCGUGUUCACGUUAAUAUUCAACUGCGGCGUCCUUUUGCAGUGUUGUGCUUCUUAACACUCGCACAGCUUCAGAGUUUCUGCUCAGACCUGGAAGUGCUCUGGCAGAGGUCGUAUCCAUGACUCUGCGGCCAACAAACACACUUCGCCGUGCCAGUCACGCGGGGAAAGGAAUCUGAUCAUGGGGCAGAUGCAGCGGGAGCCUUGCAGGAUCUCCGAGUCGAGAGUCAGAAAAUAUCCCAGAAAAGGCUGUUUUUGGACGCCGCGCUCGCUCUCUCCACCCAACCACAUACUCCUGCUUCAUACCUCCCAUCAUUCCUCACUGCUUUUACUCCGUUCCACCACCCCGCGAGCAGCUUUUACUGGUUUCCAGCGCUCUAAUUGGUCUUUACACGGUUGUCCAGCGUGUAACCACAUCCGGCACCCUGCAGCACUGCUGCGGUCGGCUCUUACACCGUUCCGCAUCGUUUUACACGCUUUCUCUGGUCAUGCAAACCUGCCUGUGUGAUAACAGCGCUGUUUAUUUAUUUAUUCUUUAUUCUUUCCACCUGACGUGUCCUGCGACACAGCAGCAAACAGCUGCAAAUUGUUUGAAUUCUCAUCGUCUAGAGCUCACAGUUUGGCUUGUUCGGAUUUCCUGAAUAAGAGAAUAUAAACACACAUGACUGGACAGGCGUGGACAGAUCGUUAAUUUUGCCUCCCCUAUUCACCUAAGCUAAAAAGAAAAGCUAAUGAUGUGCGUUAAUACAGAUUGUGGAUGAUAAGCGAGAACUUUGAACUCUUGGGACUUUUUAUAUUUAUCUUUAUCUUCUGGUGACGGAGCGUCACGUUUUUACUAACGUUUCGUUGUUCUCUCGUUGCACGUAGAAACAUUGAAGUGAUUAGCGUGAUGACUGCGUGUUGUAUGAGCGUUAGAGUUUUGUAGAACAGCGAUUGUGCUGCACUGUACUACAUCUUCUGUAGUUGAGUCCCUUCAUAUUCCCGAUUCUGGAAAUAUUGUCAUGCUGAUUAAUAUUCCUGGUAGGGCUGGGCGACAUGAUGUGGAUAUCGUGAUAAAUUAUGUUACUAUACGCUCUUCUGAGAUAUCGUGGAUAUUUUUUUAUUAAUUAAAAUGUACUUUAAAUAAAUACAAGCUGAAUGCAAGUAGCUGAUUUGAUAAGAAAAUGUUGUGCUCAAUCUUUAAAAUUUUAAAAUGUUAUGUUUUAUAGUUUUUUUUUUUCUCCUCCUUUUCAGUGCUAAAGUAUUUUUUUUUUAAUUUAUUUUUAUACUGAAAAAUAUUUUUUUCCGACAUUAACUAUGUCUGUUGUGUCAGUGCUAGUCAUUUAUCCAUUCCUGGAAAAGCUAUCUGUGUUUUGAUAACCAAGUUUAAAUAUAUGUCUCCAAAUGUUUAUCGUAUAAACCUCCCAGUUGAAAAUCUUUUCUACAAGCAGCCUUUUUUUGUGGGUGAAUCACGCGCUGACUCAGCAGUCUGCCUUUUCUCUGAGUGACUUUAAAGAUAUUAUUGAUGAUUCUCCAGCAGAAGAAAGCGAGGCGAUGUGCGCUGAGCGUUCAGCUCGUCUCAGAGCAGAGUGCUGCGCAGUGUAGCUGUGUUUUCGGUGCUAGUUCAGUUUCUCCGCCAAAACCUGUAAUUGUUGUUUUGGUUCUGUCUCAGAAGGGCUUUGUGUGUAAUUAUAUUUAAUUCGCUUUUGAUUAAGACAUUUCCUAUAACUGUAAUUUUUCUCUGCGCAAAUCCACGUCAUUCAUUUUUCUUAUUUUGAUUUCGCGUCUCGAAAGGGCGAAACCGAGCCGUUGUUUAGGCCUGUUGUCAUGGUUACGUUCCGGCGUGGGUUAUGUUGUAUCAGGAGUCCCGAAAAUGACGGCACAGCUGGGCGUCAAGGAGACUUUUUUUCUUUUACAUGUGAUAUAAUUUAAAACAUUUAAUAAUGCUAAAAUAAUAAUGUAAUAAAAUCCAAUAGCUGCGCAUAAUAAAGCAGAGGGUUUUUAGGGGAAACAGGAUAUGUUUGUUUUUUUUUUCUUUUUCUUACACUGUGAAUUUCAGGGAAUUGAAGUACCUAUGUCUGUAUCUGUUUAGUGUUACAUCAGUCGGAUUUAAACCCGAAGUGGGCGUGGCCUGAACCAGCCACGUCCCUCCACUGUUGGAAUGCCAGCGUGGUGUGUCUGACAGUUCCUCAAACUCAGCUACAUCACUCCAGUUCUUCAGAUCUUAACUAGCGAUGUGUGCAGGACUGUUUAAAAAAAAAAAAAACAUCCUACUUACGCAAGUAUUAUUUUUGUUCUUAUCUGCCUGCGAUAUUUUCUAAAGAUUUUAGUUCGCAAAAUAUAAACAAAUAUAGCCGAAUAGCCGAAUUCAAACCAUAACGAAGGAAGGAUGAAUGAACGCUGUAAAUACAUCGCAUCCAACGUUCAUGUUAAUAAACAGUCUUUCUUUGUCCCUCGAGCUUCAUAUUAAACAGCGUUAAAGAUUCCUGAUACACACCUCCGCUCUCAGCCUCUUAUUCAUAUCUGUGUUUGUAUUUGUCUAGAACUUGUUAUCUGUUCAUUCUGAAUAACGUUACAUUGUUUUAUCACAAGAUGGACCAACUCGUACACUUUACACUUCCACUUAAAAGUCUCAUGAGACGAUAACCACUACAGAAAGGUGUGUGUGUGUGUGUGUGUGUGUGUAAGUAAUGGAGCAUUUCUGAAAAUCUUGCUCAACCAAGCGUGCAUGGAAUGCCAGAGAAUCGUCCCACUUAAGCGCCGCAGUCGCUGCAGGCCCUUUUUCCCUUCUCGUGUUUGCUUCCUCACAUGUUUAGACUCGACGGAACUUCAGCAGAACGCUUAUCAGAAUCAGGAACCGCGCUUCAGGAGCCUUAGUCAGGACACGGAACGACAAAUCUCACAUCUUGGAUUAAUCGUCGACUGGUUUCCCGCACGCAGCAGUUUGAGUAGUAGCGCUCAGACGUUUUGAGAUGGGUCAGUGCCGCUGGGUUGCUGACUUAUCAGUUUCAGAUGAAGUGCGUUCCUGACUCAGGACAGAUCGACACUCGCUUGUUUAACUCAGACCCGGGGGUUGUAUUUCAGCACGCACCACAUGAGCGAACAAAAGAUGCUGUGAUAGAGCGAGUGUGUGUGCAUGAGUGUGUGCGCUGAGGUCCACCCAGUCCUGCCAGUCCCCGAAUGGCACAGGGAAAUCAGCAGAUUGACACUCAAAUUCUGCAACAACUGCGUCAGAAGUUUCCAGAAGUGCCAGAGGGCGUGGUCUCUCAGUGUGUCAUACAGAAUAAGAACGACUUGGCAGCGUGUUGUGAGUACCUGACCCAGGUGAGUCCCGGCUUCCUGUACAGCGAGGGCAGCCCGAGUGUGACGGACCUGCGCAAUCACAUGACCCAGCUCAACGUGGGCGUGUCACAGAAUACCCAUGGUGCCGUGCAGCAUGAGCCAGUGAGGAUGAACGGCAGCAGGACUCUCUCGCACAGCCUGAGUGACGGGCCCGUCAACGGUCCCCCGACUCCGGCCUCUGACUUCUACCAGGCAGAGUCUCAGUCACACACACACACUCACACACACGCACCCGCCGCCUUCUGCGUAAUGGAGCAGGCGCGAAAGCCACAGCCACCGCAGCACCUUGGCCUGUACCAGCUCGGUGUCAAAGGUCAGGGCUCGGCCACGUCCCUGGCCGCCACACCCCGUUUUAACCCUAUCACGGUGACGCUGGCCCCCAACGCCGGCCGAAACACGCCCACCUCGCUGCACAUUCACGGUGGGCCUCAGGCUGGCCCCAACAGCCCCAACUCCAUCUACAUCCGGCCCUACGUCACCCAGAUCUCACACCCAGGCGGCCCUCACCACCAGACCUCGCACGUUUACAUGCCCAUCAGUUCUCCUACCAACCCGCAGCCCCCCUCGGCCUUUCAGGCUCCGUCCGCCGCAGCCUCUCAGGCCUCUUCCUCGUCCUCCUCGUCGUCAUCCUCAUCUGUGCCUUCAUCUUUACCGGCGAUGGCGGCGGCCCCCUCGCUCGCGUCCUCCUUCAGCCAGUUCAACAUCCAGAACAUCUCCACAGGGCCCAGAAAGAACCAGAUCGAGAUCAAGCUCGAGUCUCCGCAGAGGGUGGGCGGAGCUGCCGCUGCUGCCGCCACGGCGACGCUGAUGUGCUCCGCCUCUGCUCCUCGACCAGCCUCGGCUUCUGGGUCGUCGUCCUGCCCGUCACCUUCCUCCUCUUCCUCCACUCCGCUCUCAAUCGAGGGGGCGGGGCUUAGCCGAAGCCAGCCCACUGUCUACAUCGCUGCCUCUCCUCCUGCCGCUGCUGCCACGACGACGCCGUCAGAUGAGUGCGCGCUGAUCCCUCCAUCCGGUCGCUCGCAGCCUAAAUUCUACAUUUCCGCUAACGCGUCUUCGGAUGAGAGCGGUACUCGGAACCCGCCCACAGUCUACAUAUCGGCCAACCCAUCUCUUCCCGGCGUGACGGGAGGGCGGAGCCUAGGUGGCCAAGUCAGCAUGGGGCCCGCCUACAUCCAUCACCACCCGCCCAAAUCCCGCAGCUCGGUGGGGGCGGGAGGCGUGGCUACAUCGCCGCGCGUCGUGGUGACGCAGCCCAACACCAAAUACACCUUCAAGAUCACGGUGUCACCGAACAAGCCGCCGGCCAUGUCCCCCGGGGUGGUGUCGCCCACCUUCGAGCCCACCAACAUGCUCAGCGUGCCCGCCGAUCAGCACUACCCCGAGCCCGAGGCCAUCAGCCUGCCUGAGCCGCUCUCGCCCAACCGAGACCUGAGAGCCACAGAGAGCCGUCGGCCCAGCAUGGGCUCUGACGACGCCGCAUACACACAAGCAUUGUUGGUGCAUCAGAAGGCACGCAUGGAACGUCUGUGUCACGAGCUCAAGCUGAAAAAGAAGAACCUGGAGAAACUCAAAGAGGAGGUGAACGAAAUGGAGAACGACCUCACGAGGAGACGACUGCAGAGGUCCAACUCGGUGUCUCAGAUCCCGUCUCUUGAUGAGAUGCAGCAGCUGAGGUGUAAGAACAGGUUACUGCAGAUCGACAUCGACUGUUUAACUAAAGAGAUCGACCUCCUUCAGGCGCGUGGACCACACUUCAAUCCCAGUGCGAUCCAUAACUUUUACGACAACAUCGGCUUCCUCGGUCCCGUUCCCCCAAAACCCAAAGGUACUCCGGCAGCAGGCUCGGAUCACUGGGGCUCUUUGGACAGGAGAGGACGCAGAAUAAACGUCAGCUCCAAGCUGAAGAGAGACCCGUCUCUCCCUCCUGUUCCUCCCUGUCUCCCUGCUCCUGUGGAGUCGGGCAGUAAGAAUAUGAAGACGGUGUCUGAGGCUGAAGAUGACGACGGGGUUCAGUGGGGGUGUACAGCCUGCACCUUCCUCAACCAUCCCGCCCUCAACCGCUGUGAACAGUGUGAAUUUCCACGACACUUCUGAGCCCCUAAUACACACACACACACACACAUGCACACACACAUGCACAUGCACACACACACACACACACACACACGUGCACACGCGCUCAAACACAUUGACAUGUCAGCUAGGCUUUGUUACAGACAACCUGCAGAAGUAUGGACAUGAAUGUUGUGUGUGUUUGUGUGUCUCUCUCUCUUGCUGUCUCUCUCUUUGCUCACUGUUUGUCUCUAUUGCUGUCUCUCUCUCUCUCUCUCUCUCUCUCGCUGUCUCUGUCCGUCUCCCUCAAUCACUGUCUCUCUCGUUCAGUAUCUCUCUCUUUGUCUCUUUCACUCACUGUCUCUUUCUCUUGCUCGCUGUCUCUCUCAUUCAUUGUCUCUCUCACUGUCGCUCUCUCUCUCUAUCUCUCUCUCUCUCUCUCACUGUCUCUCUCACUGUCUCUGUCUCAUUGUCUCUCUCAUUGUCUCUCUCACUCACUGUCUCUCUCUUGCUUGCUAUCUCUAUAUCUCUGUCUCUCGUUUUCUCUCUCUCUCUCUCUCUCUCUCUCUCUCUCGGGGGUGUGUGUCGUGCUGCCCACUGAAGACUGGAUAAUGUUUACAGGUUUUCCUCCGCUUCUAUCUGUCUAGCCAAGCUGAGCUCUUUACAGCAUGUGCGUGCGUGCGUGCGCGUGCGUGCGUGUGUGUGUGUGUGUGUGUGUGUUUGUAUGUAUUUGAGUGUAGGUUUCCUUCACUGAUUCCAUAACGAAUCUCAAUCUAGCCUGAAACAGUAUUAUAAAAGUGUGUGUGUGUGUGUUUGUGAGCUACACACACACACACACACACACACACACACACACACACAUACACACACACACACACACACACGACAUGUGCCAAUGUGCCUUCCGGAUGGGAACUACCUUCGAGAGCCUCCUCUCUUUUACCUGAAGGGAAUAACCUUACAGACUACUUUCUGGACUUCGCUCUUUCCCAGAGGAUGUUGGGAACGAUCUGUGGAAUUUCUGCCAAAACCGGAGUUUCUCUUUCUGUGCUUUCGUUCACUAAGAAAACGGAAAAAAAAUAGAACGUAGCGAACGAACUGAAACUAAUCUGCAUGCUUUAGAUGUACAGUUUACAAAAGGAGACCCCGCCCACCUAAGCUUUUACUGUACAUAGUGUUAGAACGAGCUUUAAAAUGCUGUUUUUUUCCCUCGCUUUCUUUAUCUCCUCACAUGUAUUUUCUGUAAUUAUAGCUCCAUAGACUUCAUUUACUUUUAUUUGUUGGGUGUUUUUUUUGUUGUUGUUGUUGUUGAGUUUUUUUUUUUUUUUUUUUUCCUCCUCCGAAAUACAGACGAGUACGGUUUUCCCUCUUUUGCGUUCAGUGUGCGUGGCGUCACACUUUUCUUUUCCAGCGUACGGGCUGCAGACGCAGCAAAAAGGUCAACGAAAGAUGGAGCGUAACCCCCAGGCAACACCCCCACCCCCCACCCCCCCACUACGGACAGGUCAAAGGUCACCGCAUGGUCUCCCGGAGCCUUCAAAAGGACCUCCAUCUUAUCUGCCAACUGGAAUGUAGGUUUCAUAUUUUGGGGAAUUUUGUGCUAGGAGAGGAACGCAAAGACUUCUGGGAUGUUUGGUUUUGGUCUGCGUGUCCGCCAAAACCAAAACCAAGGGAUUUUUUUUUUCUUUUUUUUUCUUUUUUUUUUUAAAAGACUUGCAGAGAUCAGGUGAAAAGUUCAGGAAUUGGUUCCUGUUCAAAACCAAAGCUAUCACCACGUGCCUUCAGCAGUCGGUCGCCGAAUCAGAGAAGCUCUGCCUUUAAAGCGGACACUGCCUCGUGUUUUUUGUUUUUUUUUUUUUGUUUUGUUUCCUUCGUAGAUUUGAUUACACCAGUCCCACAAGGCCUUAAUGACAUUUUAAAUGUUUAAUAGCGUUUCCCUUUUUUUUUUUUUUUUUUUUUUUUUUGUUUUGUUUUGUUUUGUUUUGUUUUUUCCCCGAAAGAUAUCAAAGAGUUGAAAAGAUGUGAAAGAUGUUUCCUUUUUCACAUUGUGCUGCCUCACUUUUUGGCCUUAUUAAAGUUUUCCCAGGUGACUAGAUGAUUUUUUUUUUUUUUUUUUUUUUUUUUUUCCCUAAAUUUUAAAUCUUAAAUCUAUGCAGUCAAGAGGUCGAAUAUGAUCAUUACAAUCAGCUAAAGUGUUAAUGUAUAAGUCACAGCUUAGGCCUCGCCCUGGAUUAAAUAAAAGCGGUAAUAUUACUGACCAAACGUCAGUGCUGUUUACUCCAGGACGUGGCCGAAUCUGCAUUCAAAAAUAAAAAUUGUCCUUUUGAAUACAAGAAAUAAUGUUUAGAAUGUUUAGGUGUCUGAAGCACUUGUAUUUAAGAAACCUCGGAGAGAAACAAACAUACAGCCAGUUUUUUUUUUUUUUUUUUUUUGUUCUUCUUCUUUUUUUUUUUUUUUUUUCCUUUCCCCCACCCCGGCUCCGAUCAGAGCCACGAUUUAUGUUUAUGGAUUUAAAUCAUGGGGAAAAACAGAAGAAGAAAUGAUUUGGAAUUUCUAAAGUGAUUUUUAAUUUUUAGCUGGGAAAACUGUCUUUGUAACAGAUAAGUUAUUUGUAAAAAUAAACAAAAAAAAAAUAU